AUGGCUCCACGACGCUCCCUACGUAUCAGCGCUGCGAUACAAGAGACGGUCCAGGCGUCCUCAGGCCCAGAGAAAGCAUUGAAAAGCCGAACUGAGAGCAAUCGAGUUGCUAAAUCCAAGUCGAAGAAGCCUACAGUGACCAAGGCGACCGUAACGGUUACCGCUACUACGACAACCACCAAGUCAAAAGGCAAGAAGAAGGCUGCUGAGAAGUUGCCAACCGAAAGUCUCCAGUCUAAUGCUACGGACGGUCCAUCGACCCCGAAGAAACGAAAACGCGACGAUGAAAAACCCGCUCUACCUUCUACCCCCCCUCCCUUUUUUCCGGAUCUCAAGCCUAUUCCAGCAUCAUCCGCGCCCCCAGAUCUAAACCGCCCCGUCGACCCGCACCGAACUACGGCGACUCUUGUUACACCCCAUGGCUCGCACGUUACGGCCUACCCACGCACCAUGGAGGAAGCGUCCCCAUCGAAAACGGGCCUUCCGCGCCCCACCGCCACGACAGGGAACAUCCUCGAGCAGGGCCUAGCGCAUCUGAUGAAGGUGGCGCCUAAGAUGCGAGCUAUGAUUGAAAAACAUCCAGAUCCUCCGUUUUCGGCGUCACAUUUGGCUGAGGAGAUUGAUCCCUUCGAGCGGCUUGCCUGUGGGAUUAUCGGGCAGCAGGUUUCGGGCGCGGCUGCGAACUCGAUACAUAAGAAAUUUGUAUCGCUGUUUCCUCAGGAGCAGAGCCUGAGUGAUCCUGUGGACACGAAGAAAGAGAACAGCUCGGGUCGCCGCCGAAGUGCUGCUAAAGGUGACAAUAAAGACAAGGACAAGAGUGAGAAUAAAGAUAGCGAGGGCAAUGGAAACACGGAAGCCAAAUUGCGCUUUCCAACCCCGCAGGAAGUUAUAACACUUGAUAUUCCGACUCUUCGCUCAGCAGGCUUGUCUCAGCGAAAGGCCGAAUAUAUUCAUGGAUUGGCGGAGAAAUUCGCCAGUGGUGAACUGAGCGCGCGCAUGUUGCUGACCGCUAGCGAUGAACAAGUCCUCGAAACCCUUAUCGCUGUACGAGGAUUGGGCCGGUGGUCGGUGGAGAUGUUCUCUUUAUUCGGCCUGAAGAGGCUGGAUGUGUUCUCUACAGGGGAUUUAGGAGUGCAGCGUGGUAUGGCCGCCUUCGUUGGUCGUGACGUCGCAAAGCUCAAGGCCAAGGGAGGUAAGUUCAAAUACAUGGCAGAAAAAGAGAUGGUCGAGAUUGCAGCGCCGUUUUCUCCAUAUAGAAGUCUAUUUAUGUGGUACAUGUGGCGAUGGGCGGAAACAGACAUCGAAGUUUUCCAAAACUAG